GAAAAAAUGUCAGAGUAAACUUGACUGUUUGAUUUUUGAAAUGUUUUUUAUUCGUAAACUGAAACCAAAACUGAACAGAGUGACUUGAUCCGCGUAAAGCUAUUUGCUUAAUUAUUUGACUUUUUAUAUCGUUUCUAUCGCCUUAGGGUUUUCUUUAUCAAUCAUGCCACAAUUUUCUUGCAUUUUUUCUAAGAGUUUUAGUCAGUUUCCCAUUAGCAUUCUUAUAAUCGAUUGUAUAUAUUUGAGCGCGUACAAAAAUUUUACUUUCAACUUGAAAAUGACCGUCGAAAGGUCCGGAUCGAAACUGACGUUUUUUAACGCUAACUUUUAUAGUGAAAUCACGAAGAAUAGUUUCUUAAAUUCACGCUUCACGGAAAAUAAAAUUAGCUAAUCACGCAUCACGAGAACACCCCUGUCACACCCUCGGAGAAGAAUGGAAGUGCCCUUUACAGGCCAUAUGUGACACCUAGUCACGAAACAGAUAGGUGAAGGUGAUCAGAGCUGUAAGUUCGUCAUUUCAUUAAGAUAUAGACCUGCAGAAUUUCAAGAAUUUAAAUUCGUUCUGUUAUGUAGAGCAUAACUUCGCACUACUUCACCAUGACGCCAGUGCUCGAAGCCAUCUGGGAAUGCGAAACGUUUGCACUCAAAAUUUCUCCAAUCCAAUUUCAUAUUUGUUGCUUACUGACCAACGAAGGACAAAGAAAUUCAAAAUAAAAGUGAUGAAAGCAAUUGACUGGAGAGUUAAAGUGCUGACCUACAAUCAUGGACAAAAGUGUUGGGGCAAAUUUGUGCUUUUGCGCACACGCCAGACGCGAAUACUAUUUCACCUGCCUUACCUUGUCUUUUACCCACAAUUGUAGGCCUGCACUCCCGGAAGUACAUUACAAACGAGUUCUGAAUCGAAAGUAGUUUCAAGGCCCGCCCGUCCUCACCAUGGGGAUGUGCCUUUAGCGUCUUCAGCAAAUAUGGCUGAUCAUGAAGAGAAUCCACGACAACUAGCAGGUAGCCGCUGCUGCGAUUUGCAGUGGAUCGUGACUACAACAGAGGGAUGGCUUAAGCUUGUUGAGCUAAUUAUGACCUUCAUAACUUUCGUUGCUGUGUCGAGUUUUCCUGGCAGCUUCAGAGUGGAAUACGAGUUCUUGAUCUUCGUGGCGACUGCAGCGUUCAUCUUUGUGGUCUUGCACAUCAUCCUCCGCAUAGUUCACGUGUUCGAGAAGCUCCCGGCAGUGCUCAGGCAUCCAAUCCUUGGUAUGGUUGGGUGUUUUCUGGCCGCCCUAGCCUUACUUAUCGGUUCUGCUGUUGUCUUUGCCAGAGGGAAAGAAUACUACAUUGACAAGUUGGAAACGUCUGGGAUCUGCGGUUUCAUAUCUACAGUUUUGUUCUUUUGUGAAGGUGUAUAUUUUUUCUUCCUCUAUCGUCAUUUACCAACACUUCGUCGUACAGAGGAAAACACGAUGGUGAAGGGUGAAGCUGAUGGGCUCGUACCACCUUUACAUCCAGCGAACUGAGCUGGCUUUGCAAUGAGAUAUUGUAUGGGUAAGCUUUUUCCGUGUUCAACGGACUUAAUUGACAGUGUUUUCCCUUACGUGGAGGCUGCUAGUGGUGGAUUUAUACCGAGCCGCCGUUUCGACGCCAACAUUAAAUAGCUUAAGUAAGCUACGACGGCAACAGGAACGAGAACGCCACCAAACAAAAGGUUUAACGAGUAGAACAAUGGCUCGGUG